GUCUUCAGGUAGUUUUGAAGUCUAUCAUGAAGGCCAUGGUGCCUCUGCUCCAGAUAGGCAUGCUGCUCUUCUUCGCCAUACUCAUGUUUGCCAUCAUCGGAGUGGAGUUCUACAUGGGCAAGUUCCACUCCACCUGCUUCACUGAUCCAGGAGAGCGAGCAGCAGCGUUCCCCUGUGGUACGGAGGCCCCAGCCAGGAUGUGUCCUAAUGGUACAGAGUGUACAGAGUAUUGGAUCGGCCCCAACUACGGCAUCACCAACUUUGACAACAUCCUGUUUGCCGUGCUCACCGUCUUCCAGUGCAUCACCAUGGAGGGAUGGGUGGACAUCCUCUACAAUGCUAAUGAUGCCUCGGGGAACACCUGGAACUGGCUCUACUUCAUCCCCCUGAUCAUCAUCGGAUCCUUCUUCAUGCUCAACUUGGUCCUGGGUGUCUUAUCAGGGGAGUUUGCCAAAGAAAGAGAGCGUGUGGAGAAGAGGCAGGACUUUCUAAAGCUGCGCAGACAGCAGCAGAUAGAGAGAGAGCUGACAGGAUACCUGGAGUGGAUAUGCAAGGCAGAGGAGGUGCUGCUGGAGGAGGAGGAUGAGAACGCGGAGGAGAAGUCCCCUCUGGACGUGUUGAAACGUGGCAAGGUAAAGAAGAGUAAGAAUGACCUGAUUGGUGCUGAGGAGGGAGAGGAUCACUUCACUGACAUGUCCUCUGUUGCCCCCCCAGGCUCUCCGUUUGGCCGAGCCAGUGUGAAGAGCAGUAAGCUGGAGAGCUCGUCCUACUUCCGCCGCAAGGAGAGGAGAAUGCGUUUCUUCAUCCGUCGCAUGGUCAAAGCCCAGAGCUUCUACUGGAUAGUACUAUGUCUGGUGGGCCUCAACACACUGUGUGUGGCCAUCGUCCACUACGACCAGCCUGAGUGGCUCACCACUGCCCUCUACCUGGCAGAGUUUGUGUUCCUGGGUCUGUUCCUGUCUGAGAUGAGCCUGAAGAUGUAUGGCCUGGGAGCCAGGAACUACUUCCAUUCCUCUUUCAACUGCUUCGACUUUAGUGUGAUAAUAGGGAGUAUACUUGAGGUGGUGUGGUCUAUAAUCAAACCAGGGGCAUCCUAUGGCAUUAGUGUGCUGAGGGCUCUUCGUCUGCUCAGGUUAUUCAAAUUUACCAAGUACUGGAACUCCCUGAGGAACCUGGUAGUGUCUCUUCUCAACUCAAUGAAGUCCAUUAUCAGCUUGCUCUUCCUCCUCUUCCUCUUCAUCGUUGUCUUUGCCCUGCUGGGCAUGCAGCUCUUUGGAGGACAGUUUAAUUUUGAAGAGGAGACGCCGACGACCAACUUCGACACUUUCCCGGCGGCUAUUCUCACCGUCUUCCAGAUUUUGACUGGCGAGGAUUGGAAUGCAGUAAUGUAUCAUGGUAUUGAGUCCCAGGGGGGCGUACGGCGGGGGAUGUUCUCCUCGGUCUACUUCAUCGUCCUCACACUCUUUGGAAACUACACGCUCCUGAAUGUCUUCUUAGCUAUCGCCGUCGACAACCUCGCCAAUGCACAGGAGCUCACCAAGGAUGAGGAGAAGCAGGAGGAAGAAGCCAAUAAAAAGCUGGCCCUGCAGAAGGCCAUGGAGGUGAAGGAGGUCAGCCCCAUGUCAGCAGCCAACAUCUCUAUCGCUGCUUUUGUAAAGCAAAAUCGAGAUGCACGCUCUCGCAGCUCGUCCGUCUCCAGCGUGCAUUCACCUAAGGAGCAGCAGAGAGCCAAUAAGAUAAUGUCAGUGUGGGAGCAGCGCACCAACCAACUGCGUCGAAACAACCUGAGAGCCAGCUCCGAGGCUCUGUUCAACGAGCUGGACCCCGAGGAACGUCUGCGGGUCUCCUCCGCCCUCCACCUGCGCUCCGACAUGAAGACCCACAACGACCGCCCCCUAGUGGUGGAGCCAGGUAACGGGGACAAUCCCCGACCCCCCGAGGAGGACAGAGACGGAGCAGACCCCCAGCAAGAGGGAGGAGAGCCCCACGGUCCACAGCCACGCAAGCACUACCGUCACCGGGAGAGGAACGGGGAGAUUGGGGAGAGCAGGCAUCACACCCACCACAGCCGCAGUAGGGACCACUACCACCCAGACGGGCCCCGGUCCAAAGAGGGCAAGGUGGAGAGGAACCAUAGUCGAGAGGGGGGGCAGGGCCACAGGCACCAUCACCAGGCUGAAUCCCCAGAGGAGGGGGUUAACGGAGGGGGAGAGGGAAGGGAAGACCGCCACCACCACUCCGACAGACAGGGGAACAGGGCCCUGGCUACCAGGGACAGACUGGAGAGCAGGGGCCGGGGCCACAGGGAAGAGAACGGAGAAAGGAGGAAGCACCGCUCACGCAGAGUCAGGGCCCAGUCAACACUGGAUGGAGACGAGUGCAGAGAGAACGGAGAGAGAAAUGGAGACGGGGACCAAGGACACAGGGACAGGCAGACCGACUCUCAAGGGGAGAGCUUGGCCACCAGUCCUGUGCAGCCUCCUGCAGGUCUGCAGGCUGGAGAGAAGCAAGAGGAUGCUGACAACCAGAAGAACAGCCACAGAGCCAGCCAGGCAGGCCUGAACAGCAACACUGUCCACAUCCCUGUCACCAUCAACGCCCCAUCCAGAGAGACCACCAUCAUACCCAUGGAUAACAUAGACUGUGAGAGCCUCCCCCUGAACAAGGAGAAGAAGGACUUGGAGGAGGAGCUGAAGAACGGCCCCAAACACAUUCUCCCCUACAGCUCCAUGUUUGUGUUUGGACAGACCAACCCGGUGCGUCGGCUGUGCCACUACGUGGUGAACCUGCGUUACUUUGAGAUGUGUAUCCUGUCGGUCAUCACCAUGAGCAGCAUAGCCCUGGCUGCUGAAGACCCUGUGCAGGCCAAUGCACCACGCAACAACGUGCUCAAGUAUCUGGACUACGUCUUCACAGGAGUGUUCACCUUUGAGAUGGUGAUUAAGAUGAUAGACCUGGGACUGCUCCUUCAUCCUGGUUCUUACUUCCGGGACCUGUGGAACAUCCUGGACUUUAUUGUGGUCAGUGGAGCUCUGGUGGCGUUCGCCUGCUCAGGAACUAAAGGCAAGGACAUCAACACCAUCAAGUCUCUCAGGGUGCUGCGAGUUCUAAGGCCUCUGAAGACCAUCAAACGACUGCCAAAACUCAAGGCCGUGUUUGACUGUGUGGUCAACUCUCUGAAGAACGUGCUCAACAUCCUCAUUGUCUACAUGCUCUUCAUGUUCAUCUUCGCUGUGAUCGCUGUGCAGCUGUUCAAGGGCAAGUUCUUCUACUGCACCGACGAGUCUAAAGGUCUGGAGAAGGACUGCAGGGGUAAGUUUCUGGACUAUGACGGUGAUGAAGUGGCGGCCCAGGAUCGUGAGUGGAGGAAGUAUGAGUUCCAUUAUGACAAUGUGCUGUGGGCCUUCCUCACCCUAUUCACCGUCUCCACCGGGGAAGGCUGGCCAAUGGUCCUAAAGCAUUCUGUGGAUGCCACCUAUGAGGAUGAGGGUCCCAGCCCAGGCUUCCGUAUGGAGACCUCUAUCUUCUAUGUGGUCUACUUUGUGGUCUUUCCCUUCUUCUUUGUCAACAUCUUUGUGGCUUUGAUCAUCAUCACCUUCCAGGAGCAGGGAGACAAGGCCAUGUCAGAGUGUAGUCUGGAGAAGAACGAGAGAGCUUGUAUCGACUUUGCCAUCAACGCCAAGCCUCUGACGCGCUACAUGCCAGCAGACAAGCAGUCGUUCCAGUAUAAGAUGUGGCAGUUUGUGGUGUCGCCGCCCUUUGAGUACUCCAUCAUGACCAUGAUCGCACUCAACACUGUGGUGCUGAUGAUGAAGUUUCACGGUGCUCCGGAGCUGUAUGAGGCCAUGCUGAAGCACCUGAACAUUGUGUUCACAGCUCUCUUCACACUAGAGUGCAUCCUCAAGAUCAUCGCUUUCGGACCACUGAAUUACUUGAAGGCAGCUUGGAACGUGUUUGACUUUGUGACAGUAUUGGGGAGUAUCACAGACAUCUUGGUCACAGAGAUUAAGACGGACAAGCUGAUCAAUCUGAGUUUCUUGAGGCUGUUCAGGGCGGCCAGGCUCAUCAAGCUGCUGAGGCAGGGCUACACCAUUCGCAUCCUACUAUGGACCUUUGUCCAGUCCUUCAAGGCCCUACCUUACGUCUGCCUCCUCAUCGCUAUGCUCUUCUUCAUCUACGCCAUCAUCGGCAUGCAGGUGUUUGGAAACAUUGAGCUGAAUGAGGAAUCAGCCAUCAAUCACCACAACAACUUCCAGACCUUCUUCCAGGCUCUGAUGCUUCUGUUCAGGAGUGCAACAGGUGAGGCGUGGCAUGAGAUCAUGCUGUCGUGUCUGAGUAACCGUCCGUGUGAUAAGCUGUCAGGGUCCGGAGGGAAGGAGUGCGGCAGUGAUUUUGCUUACUUCUACUUUGUCUCCUUCAUCUUCCUCUGCUCCUUUCUGAUGCUCAAUCUGUUUGUGGCGGUCAUCAUGGACAACUUUGAGUACCUGACCAGAGACGCCUCUAUCCUGGGGCCUCACCACCUGGACGAAUUCAUCCGUGUUUGGGCCGAGUACGACCCUGCUGCCUGUGGCCGUAUGACCUACCUCGAUAUGUACGAGAUGCUCCGUCACAUGUCCCCUCCACUAGGUUUGGGAAAGAAAUGCCCGCCCAGAAUCGCCUACAAGCGAUUGGUUAAGAUGAACAUGCCCAUUGCUGAUGACAACACGGUGCACUUCACGUCCACUCUGAUGGCGCUCAUCCGCACUGCUCUGGAGAUCAAACUGGCGUCUGGAGUCCUGGCCCAGCGUCUGUGUGACGCUGACCUGAGGAAAGAGAUCUCCAGAGUCUGGCCCAACCUGCCUCCGAAGACUAUCGACCUGCUGGUCACACCAUAUAAAAAUGAUGAGUUCAAUGAGCUUCUUUGCCCCUUUGCGGUUGUAAACCGAGAGCUGACAGUGGGGAAGGUCUACGCUGCCCUCAUGAUCUUUGACUACUACAAGCAGAACCGGGCCAAGAGACUGGAACAGCAACUGGGACUGGACUUCACAGGGACAAUUAAGAAUAAAAAGGGCCCAGCCUUCUUCCGCCCCAUGCCCAUGACCCAUAUGCAGGAGGAGGGGACAACAGUCGCCGGAGCCAAUCCCCUGCCAUCCUCCCAACCUGAACCAGAGUCUCAGCCAGAGCCCACGCCAUCCACCACCUCUCUAACCAAUGGGGAAGCAGUACCAAGCACUAGAAGUCCCAUAAAAGAGUCAGGAGAGCAACUGUCUCAGGAGGGCCAACGGUCCAGCAGUAGAAAAAGGAUUCUACAGAGGGGCCAGUCAGAGGAUGUGCCCUACUCCAACAAACCUCAGGAAUCAGUGGAGAUGAGGCAGGUGGAGAACGGUGCUGAUAUAGGGGGCUACUUUGGUCUGGAUGGCCAUGGCAGAGCAGCCUCCAUGCCAAGACUGGACUCCCAGUACAAUCGGAACCACCCUCGUCACCUACCUGGGACCUACCUGGCACCUAUUGCUGACAUCAGUCCUAUUAGGCGGUCGGCUUCCACGUUGGCUUCCCAGUGCCACCGGGAGAUGAGUCUGAGAGACUACACCCUGGAGCGGCCCAGCCAAGCCCAGGCCUCCUCAGCCCCAGGUCAAGCCCAGGACAGGCCCCACCACCAUCACCACCAUCGCUGUCACAGACGCAGGGACAAGGACAGGGACAAGAAGCAGAAGUCACUUGACAGGGCAACCAGCGUUCAGCCUUCUAGUACAGCAUGUUCGUCUGUUGACCCCCCUGUGGAGGGCUUGACCAGAGAGCGGGCGAGGGAGUGUGACCGCGGCCGGCCUCAUGAGAAGAGGCACCACUCUGCAGCCGGGGAGACGAAGCGUUACUACUCCUGUGAGCGCUACGUAGGCAGGGAGCACUGCCACACCAAGUCAGCUGGCCCCAGCCGCUCCACCUCCCCUGGAGAGACCCACGACCUAGGCCUCUUGAAGCAGAGUAUCAGGAUGAGUAAAGGCAGCCAAGUGGUCCUAACCUUUGGAUCUAGCCCAUCCUGCCGUGGGCGCAGACAGCUCCCCCAGACCCCCCUGACCCCCCGCCCCGCCGUGGCCUACAAGACUGGAAACUCCUUGCCCAUGCAGUUUGGUUCCACAGGGCACCAGUCCUUUCUCAGUCGUGGACUCUCGGAGCGUAACGCCCUGCUGGAGUCACCCCCCAUACCCGUCACCCUCAUUGGCUUAGACCCAAACCUGAGCCCCUGUCCGCGGAACGCCCCACCAUGCAGACUCCCUGAGGAGCCUGACGACUUCCAGGAUGCUGUGAGCAACCAUGGAGGGAGCCACUCCCCUAGGAUCAUUGCCUCAGCCUCCCAUGGGGCUGCCGGGCCCUCUUCUGCACCUGCCCCACAGGGCCGGGUUGGGAUCCCAAACGGGUACCACUUCACUCUUGGGGUCAAUGCCGUUUCAAGCUCCAGCCCCAGAGGGACUGGGAGUUUUCGUGAGAAGGAAGAGGAUGACUGGUGCUAGUGUAGCAUAGCGUGGUUUAGCUAACAUCCCCCACCACAUAUCUGGAAGCGUUUUAGCUUGAACGUUGAUGAACUCGCUCAUCUUUUAAACAGAUGAUAGUACAGUUUUGUUGUUUCCUGUGUGCUCUUAGGUGGCCAAGGGUAUGCUCAAAGAUGUGUAAGACAUUGAAAAAUUACUCUGAAAAGGAAAAUCAUUCCCGUUUUUGUGAUGUUUUCUCUUUUCUACGCAAAGGACACUAAAGGACAAAGGACACCUGCUAUGACAUUUUCUCAAUUCCUUUCUUGCACUGAAAUUAAAGCUUAUUUCGAUAGUGUGCAUAGUCCAGAGGACAUGUGAAGUCCCUCUUGA